UGCACCUUCAUCUAUGGCACACCCACCAUGUACGUAGACAUGAUUAACCAGCCAGACGUGGCUAAAUAUGACCUUUCAUCAGUGGAAGCAGGUGUCAUGGCCGGUUCCCCCUGUCCACCAGAGCUUGUAAGGCAAGUCGUUUCUGUUUUGGGGGUCAAGGAAAUAACUGUUGGAUAUGGUACCACAGAGAACAGCCCUGUGACAUUCUGUGCCAGCCCCAAGGACAACAUUGAGAGGAAGAGUAAGACAUGUGGUUUCAUUAUGGACCAUGUGGAGGCUAAAGUAGUGGACCCUGUUACUAGGGAGAUCGUACCUCUAGGAACACCGGGGGAGAUAAUGAUCCGAGGGUACUGUGUGAUGCUGGAAUACUGGAACGAUAAAGAAAAAACCGAAGAGUGCAUUAGUAAAGACGGCUGGUACAAAACAGGUGACAUUGGCAGCAUUGAUGCGUUCAGCUACUGUCGCAUUCAGGGUCGUAUAAAAGACAUGAUCAUCAGAGGAGGGGAGAACAUUUAUCCUGCUGAGAUCGAACGGUUUCUGCACACACACCCUAAAGUGAAGGAGGCUCAGGUGAUUGGUGUAAGAGAUUUUCGUAUGGGAGAGGAAAUUUGUGCCUGUAUCCAACUGGUAGAUGGAGAAGAAUGUACUGCAGAGGAAAUCAAAGCCUUCUGUAAGGACAAGAUUAGUCACUUCAAGAUCCCUCGCUAUGUACUUUUUGUGACCAGUUACCCACUCACUAUCACUGGAAAGGUCCAGAAGUUUAAACUGUGUGAGGAGGCUGAGAAGGAGCUGGGGCUGACAAAGGAAAAAUGAGGAUGAGGAAAAAGAGGAAAUAUAUAAUAGGAGAUACAAUUGGACCAACAGGACAUUUUUGUAACAGGUACAAGAUAAAUAUUUCAUACUGUGGGUUUAAAUACAGGACAUAAGUGAAGUUUUACAUCUGAAAUUAUGACUCAAUUUCUCAGAGUUAUGGACACACAAUUGUUACCUGAUCUGGCAUAAAAUGUAGUUUGACAAGGUCGAUGUCGCAGGUCUGUGAUAUGGUACUGUAUGAAUGUUCGAUAUCCACCUGCUAGACAUUGGGCAACUCUAGUCAAAAAGAAAGCAGAGAGAGGAAAUUUGUGAUUAGUGAUCAGGCAUAAUCCAGAAAUGGUGUUAAAUAAAUGUAUUUAGUACACCUUUAAGACCACUAAUAACACAAUAGUUGUUAAGGAGAGAUAUAUUAAUACAUGAGACCAAAAUGUUAAGAAAAUGUAGAAGCAAAAAUAUACUGCUGUAACAAAAAUAUCAAAAAUAAAAAAAGUCUUAUAAUUCAUGGUGCAUCCAAGAUAUUGGUGGGACUUGUUCCUCGUCCUGUUUUAACCAUUUAUACAUUAACUUGAAAUAAAUAUUGUACUUGUAUUGUUUAAA